AUGCUUGAAAUACUAUCGUUAUACAAGGAUAUCCCUACAUUUAAAGUGAAAUCAAAACAUAGGACUUAUGAACAGCAGCAUAAUAAGCAUUUUGCGACGUUUAAGUUGUUGAUAGAGUAUUUGUUUAAGAAAGGUAGUCAAGAAGCAGAUAUAAACCACCCUAUUCUUGUUAUACUUCCUUCUCCAAAAGAAGAUAAACAUCAACAUCGUCAUCAUCAUCAUCAUCACCAUCACAAAGAUCGCCAACACCACCAUAGCCGCCAACAGACCUCUCAUACACUGUUGGAGCUGCUUCUGUUUAAAGACAAGGUCAUUUUACUAGAUUACUUCUUUGGCCAUUUGAACAUUGUCAUUAUACCGCAUGAUCAUGAUGAUUAUCCUUCAUUACAACAUCAACUCAACUCCAUUAUCGAUAAACUAUAUCAUAGAAUAUCUCGCAUUGGUAUUUGGUCAGGCACAACUAUGGUCCAAAAUGCAUUUGAUACUAAACACAGAAUACCGACAAUGGCAGAACUAUUGUAUAAAAACAUUACUCGAUCACAACAUGCUACUCAACAUUUAUUCAAAUUAAAGCAAUUGUUGUUGUCAGAAAUUGACUUUUUCAGUUUGUUAUCGAAUACUUCGGAUGAACAUUUAUCUUACCUUUGUUCAACUGUGGGCAACUGGGCAUUUCCAGCUCAUGAAUUAUCCAAUGAUGAUUUAGUUUACUGUGUUUAUUUAAUGAUUAAUUAUGCAUUACAACAGGUGUUAAGACAACAAGAAAAAGACGCAAACUUUGUCGAGGGUUUACAUUUCCCCAAUAGGAACGAGUUGUUAGCUAUUAUUUUCAUUGUUAGGGAUACUUAUAGGUCGGGAAAUCCAUUUCAUAAUUUCCGUCAUGCUGUUGAUGUCUUGCAAGCUUGUUUUCAUUUUUUAAUCAGAUUAGGAUGUUUACCUCAGUUUAAACAAUUUAUUAUUGAUCCUUAUCAAGUGGUUAAUUUUGCAUUGAGUAAAAAUGAGGGUUAUGUGGAGUUGAUUGCUACUGAUCGAGUAUUCAGUCUGGUUGAUUUGACUCUGAUUUUAUCUGAAGCGAUGGGUAGCAACAAGAGCUCCACUUCAUCAUUGAGUAGACCGGACUCGCCUACAAAUUCAGAGGUUUCGGCUGCAUCGGUCGUGAAACAACCUUCGACGCCAAGCUUGAAUUUAAUACAAACUUUGGGUUUAUUAGUUGCUGCGUUGGGUCACGAUGUGGGCCAUCCAGGAACAACAAACGCAUUUAUGAUCAAGAAUAGGACUCCUACAUCACUAGUUUACAAUGAUCGUUCAGUUUUGGAAUCAUAUCAUGCAUCAAUAUUUAUCAACAAAGUACUUAACGUAUGUUGGCCUAGUUUGCUACAAACAAAAAUUGACAAAGAUUCACUAUUGAAUUUACAUGAUUUGAUUGUGUCAUCGAUUUUGGCUACUGAUAUGGGAGAGCACUUUGAAUACAUGUCUAAAUUGAAGAACUUUAGUGCUAGUACUAAGGCAACUACUACUCAUGAUGGUGAUAGAGAUGCAGAAGCUGGAACUCAUGAGCCUAUGAGCAAUGACAACAGAACCAAGUUAAUUUCUGCUUUGCUUAUCAAAUGUGCUGAUAUAUCAAAUGUCACUAGACCAUUACGCGUUUCAUCACAAUGGGCAGUCGUCUUGCAACGUGAAUUUGACGAAGUCAACCAACUCGAUCAAUUGUUGAACAAACAACAACAGCAACAACAAUCUACUAACGAUGACGAUGAAGCCGAUAUUGACACAGAUACAACCACCAGAUCCUCAAUCUCAUCCUCUAUAGCAUCAUUCACCGAUGAUGCACAAGGAGCAGAAUGGGUUCUUGAACUAGAAGAUGAAAUCGAAUAUGAAAAUUUACCAUUUGAAUUGAAUGAAAUACUACAUAAUAAGCCAAAUAUCCCUCUGGGACAAUUAUUUUUCAUAGGUACAUUCGCUGAAAAUUUGUUUAAUAAUAUCAGUCAAGUGUAUCCUAAUUUGAGUUAUACUUGUCAAAUCAUUAAUGAUAAUAAACAGUAUUGGUUGAAGAGGAAAAGUGAACUGAAGUGA